AUGGCCAAGGGAGUAAAGACAGUGGAAGUUCAAGCGUCAAGCAACGUUGUGCUCAGUGUUCCCAUUCUUGAGACUGUUAAGGCUGCGCAAUUGCAGAAUGGAUUGCGUCAUCGUGAUUUUCAGCGUUAUCGACAAUACUGCACACGUCGGCUACGUCGCAUUCGUAAAUCAGUGAAGUUUAUGCAUGGAAAAGGUAAACAAUAUGUAAACAAAAAGGUGGAUAUUGAAACAGCUACGGAGAAUCGUCUAUUGUAUUUGCCACUAUAUAAUGCCGAGCGAGCUUGGGGAUUUGCUAUGCAACUAAAGGAAGACGAUAAUUUAGACAAGUCAGAGAAUGGUGAAGAUGCUAAUUCACGCAUUAAGUUUCAUUUGAAUGGACGUCUCCGUAAAGCUGCGGAUUGGAGUCAAAGACUUGCUGAGAUCUGUGCUGCCCGUGCUGAUGCUCGUACGAGUUUAGAGGCAGAGGCUUAUGCUGCUUACAUGGCUGGCAAUUUUGCUUUUCAUCGAGAAGAGCAUGUAGUAGCUCUGGAGAAGUUUGGCACCGCACGCCGUAUCUAUGCGGACCUGUCACAGGUGGGCACGUCCUCGCAAAAGGAGUUGUUUUCGCGCUCAGCAGACGAGCUUCAGCCGUUCAUCCGCUUCUGUGAGCAUCGACUGGCGCUGCAUGGACGCAAAGCUAGCACGGCGGAGACUUCGUCGCUAGAAUUGCAGUCAACUGGUGAGGGCGCUAAUAGCGCGUUGCUGCAGUCAAAGAUCGAGUUGGUGUUGCUAGAGGCGCGAAAGCAGAAGGUGGCUAAUUUGGGGUCAGUGGAGUGGAAGCAGCAACAGCUUCCAGUACCGACGCAAGAGCUUGGCUUGGCGUUGAUUCGUACGGACGAGCUUGCUGCCAAGCUUGAUGCUGCGCAGGAUAACAAGACGCGUGAAGCACGUUUUUUGGACUUGUUGAGUGCGUAUGACACUCUGCUGCAGGAUUUGAAAAAUGCAACGGUAAAGUUGGAACAACAGGCCAAAAGUGGUAGUGCGCUAGUGCAUUCAGACCUGGAGCUGUUGGCUGCUUUGGAGGAGUAUGCGCGCUUUAAGAAGCUUGCCAAGCAAGUAGAGCGCCAGGCUGCAGUAUACAAGACACUCAAGAAAGACUUCUCGGCUCAGCAGGCUGGCGAGCUCACCCAUAUGCUCGACAUGCUGGUUCAGACUGUCGGCGACAUUCUGGCCAUUCUUGGUAGUGGUGAACUAGAGCAGCGUCGUGUUGCACAAUACAGUACAUACCAUGCGGUGUUUCGUGCCUGCCGUGCUACAACGGUUGCCCAGACCUAUCUUUUGCAGCACAAGUUUGGGGAGGCAAUGGCUCUGUACCAGUAUGCGUCGAGUUUCUUGGCUGAAGCUGAAGAGAUUUUAGCUGCGCAGCCUGCCGCCAAGGACGAUGUGUUGCAAGAGCUCACGCGUGAACUGCACGAAGAGCUCGCGGGUGCUGUUAGUCGUACGACGGCAGAAAGCUUUUUGGAGUCUUCAAUUGGCGCCAAUGCUAUACGUCUAGAAUUGGAGCAGCUUUCAUUGUCCAUUGAGGACGAUUGCAAAAAGAGCAAGAAGGACAAAAAUCGCAAGAAACGUCAAGUUGAUGCUUUGGUGGAUCGUCAGGACAAGUUUGAAGCUGGCACUGUCGAAGGUUGCCGCGAGUUAGUAAAGCUACCACCAGAGUUUCGUACCGUACCCUGUAAGCCGCUGUUGUUUGAUGUGGCAUUCAAUGCACUUGAGUUCCCGGAUCUGACCGAACGCACCAAGACAGAAUCCGAGAAAGCAGCAGAGGCUGCAGUUGGAGGUGGUGACGAGAGUAGUGGUGGUUUCUUUGGCUGGUUUCGCAAGUAA